UAUUGGGUCGACGAGACGGACAACCGGAUUAAAGGCUAUCCCUUAAUCAAUGGCGGGCCCACACAGUUCGCCACAAUUAUGCUCUUAUGGCUGGUGUUUGUCAUGAAAAUUGGGCCCAACUUUAUGGCACAUCGAAAGCCGUUUGGAUUACACAAGAUAUUAAUGAUUCAUAACUUCUUAUUAGUCUUAAUCAACGCCUACUAUAUAUACGCUUCACUCAAAUGGCUGGACUUCGGUCGCAAGUCGUUGGACCCGAAACUACCCGACCGUAACGACUGGUCCCCUCCGACACUAGCAGUGUUGGACCAGAAGGCUAUGUAUUUCUACACAAAACUAAUCGACUUAUUGGACACAAUAUUUUUUGUGUUGAGAAAAAAAUCAAACCAAAUCUCUUUUCUACACAUUUAUCACCAUUUUAUGGUCCCAAUACUAGGCUUUUUAGUGGCAAAAUUGUGUCCACAAUCAGUGAUUGUCGAAGUGUUUUGUUUACUCAACUCAAUAGUCCAUACAAUGAUGUAUUUGUAUUACUUAUUAUCGGCAUUUGGACCCCAAAUUCAGCGCUACUUAUGGUGGAAGAGAUACUUAACUCUGUAUGGACUCUAUUGUGUCUUAUAUGGAGAUAUGACUGAAUACCCGAAGCCAUUGAAAUGGUUUGGUCUCAUUCAGCCAUUUAUUUUCUUUUAUAUAAAUAUAUAG